AUGUAAUAUAGUCUGCUCUAAACUGUACGAUCACCCUGUAACGCCCAGGGAAAACAGACCGAGUGCAUAUAAACGCGAGUAACACACGCGGAGCGUCCAAUAAUUGUUAGGCGGAGCGCGGCCGUGUCAUGUUCCUCGCAAAGGGCCUGGUAUACGUGCUAUUCACUGUCUCCGUUUUCGCUAAAAAGGAGCGCCACAAGAAACCUUUGGCAACCAAGAAGGGCACCAAGCUCAUACCGGCCACAGUAAAGGGGCUUCAAUGCUACAACUGCCUGUCAUAUGACCACAAAGGCUGCUGGGACCCUGAUCAUCCUGAUAAUGCCAACAUUACGGUACCUAACAUCGAUUGCUACAUACCUGGUAUGGCGUUUCUAUGCCUGGUCAUCACUGCAGAAUCAGCUAAAUUAGUGGAAACCGGCGCAGAAAUCGGCCCAGUCCGGGCCCGAACAUGCGUCCCCGCGAAAGACUUCAGCAAGUACUCGGUCUCGCACUCAAUGUGCAAUAAACUGGGCAAAGAGCUUUCGGCCUCGGAGAUAUUCUCUAGAAUCACGGUUACUAGGCCUCGGUGUUCGCUGUGUAACAAGCAUCUAUGUGCUUCUAUUUGUUAGGAUAUAAUGUAAAAGUAUAAUAAUUCAGUAAGAAUUCGGUCUGGCGCUCUGCAUGUGUAAUGUGCAAAAACGAGGACAAGAGUUUUCGGCCUCGGAGGUAUUUUCGAGGAUCUCGGUCACUAGGCCUCGGUGUUUGCUGUGUAACAAACAUAAAUGUGCUUCUAUUUGUUAGUAUAUCAUGUAAAUCUAUAAUAUCUGUGCUUUGGCACUCUGUGGUUUGGCAGAAGUAUAUUGUAAAUAGUUAUAAGGGAUGAAACGUGAAUACACGUUUAUUUAUUUAUUACUACUAAAUUCAAAAUUUGAUCAAUGUGAUUCGUAGCUCAACAGGCAAAAUUAAAUUUACUUAUAAAAACACUUAGAAUCAAAAUUAGGAGCAGAGUCGUCCGUUUACAGCCCCAAGGUCAACGCUGUGAAUAGUUACGAGUGCCCAAAGUAACCUACAUACUUGCGAAUAUUUUCAAUAAUAAUUCAGCAAGAAUUCGACUCGAGCAACACAUUUUUUAUGACUUUAGAAUGACUGGGCGAGUAAUGUUUAUUACAUUAUUUAGGUAUUUAAAUCAGAACGAGAGGCAUGACAGGCGAUGUGAGGUAAUAGUAUUAAAAAUACGCUUAACAUAUUUUAAUCUCUAAUAUAAAUAGAUACUGUAUUAAUAGGUAACUAUCAUGUCAAAAUUUCCUACAUUCGAGUUGUGGUGUGUCACAGCACUGUCGCCCGGAAUUUAGAGUCAAAAACCUUUAAACCAAAUAGUACUAACAAAUUUAUUGUAUAUAUACUGUAAAUUUAUGUCGUGUCUAAAUUUGCUCUUUAACUGAAAUAAAGUUAUCUCUGAGCAUAA